AUGUAUUACAACAUGGCCCACAUCUUCCUGACGGAGCUGGGCCUCUAUCUUCUCGUGCUCGACCUCUCGGCCUGGCUGCCAUCAUCCGCUGCAGGCGCCGCACCGGCGGAGCCGGGCGAAGCGGGGCGGAGCUCCCUGGACUUCUGGCUCGCGGCCCUGUUCGUGCACGCGCCAGGGCCCCCGCCCGCGGAAGCAGAGGAGGGCGCGAGGCUGAUCAUCGCCGGCACUCACCUCGACGUCGUGACGCCUGAGCAGCGAGAGGAGGUGUUCCAGCGGGUGGACGACCACCUCGCCAGGCAGCUGGAGCGGAUGCCGUCGCUGAGAAAGCAGCUGCGCGUCAACGAGGCCGAGCAGCUGCUAUUCUUCCCCGUGGACAACACCCGCGCCACCGAGGCAGGCGUCAGGAGCGUGGAGCGGCUGCGGGCGGCUCUGGGCCUUAUGGCCCAGGAGAAGGCGAAGAAGCACUCCUGUCCAACCAGGUUUGCGCACUUCUUCCACGUGCUCACAGGCACCGACGAGACCGCCGGCUCGCCCGCCACCAGCCCCCGCACCAGCCCUGAGCCCAGGCAGAGGCCCCGCAAGUACGUGAGCCUGGAGGACUGCCAGGUGCUGGCGCGGGCCUGCGGGCUGACGCCGUCAAGCGGCGAGCUGGACCGGUUCUUGAGGCUCUUCCACAGCCUCGGGCACCUGCUUUACUUCCCUGGCUCCCCUGCAGUGGUGCUGGACCCGCAGUGGCUACUGGACGCCAUGGCCCAGGUGGUGGACUGCCCGCGGGUGCUCCAGGGCCGCUGGCACAGCGCCCGGGAGCUGCGGGAGCGGGGCCUCCUCAGCCCCGAGCUGCUGUCCCUCUUGUGGCAGGACCCGAGGUUCCAGCGGCACGAGCACAUCCUCAGGGCCUUCCUGGAGCACUUCGACCUCCUCGUGCGGGCCUGCGACGACCUCGCCGGCCAGCCGCGCUGGCUCGUGCCGAGCCUGCUGCCGCCCCAGCCGGGCGGGGCGCCGCAAGGCGGCGCUGACGACGCGCUGUUGCUGGACUUCCACGGCGCCCUGCAGAAGCUGCUGCCGUCGCUGCUCCCCCGUGUUCUCUGCCAGCUGCGCCGCAGGUGUUCCGGCAGGCUCGUUGUCAGGAAGGUGUUCAAGGACUUCCUGCAGCUGUCGCUGGGGCCGUCGAUGGUCAUGCUGGACGUGGUCCCGGCCGCAGGGGGGCGCGAGAUGCUGCGGAUGCGCGUGCGCGCCCCGGAAGACCAGACCGGCGCGGACGGCUCCGCUGUGGAGGCGCCGGUCGGGGAGCUGCGGCAGGCGCUGCGGGCGUUGCUUCCGCACAUCGCCUUCUCCAUGAAGGCAAGAGUGGAGUUCCCGCAGCAUGGAGAGCUGGCCUGCUGCAAGGGUUCCACCUGCAUGAUCAGGUUGUACCUGGAUGAUCAGGAUCCGCAGGCCCGGGAUUGGAGUUCUGGCAACGCGAACAUCUGGUCGAUUUUAAAGGUGGCGCCGCAGAUCAAAGAGGGCUUUGACGUGCUCGAGCGCCGCGAUCGGAGCCUGGAGGCCGAGGUGCCAGACAGUGCUGGAGGCCUGCCCGGCGGCGCCGGGUGGGGCGGGGAGGCGCGCCCGCUGCUGGCCCCUCCCAGUCAGGGGCUCGGGGAGCUGCAGUCAGGAGCGGAGCUCCUGGCGCGCCUCCACGGCUCGCUGCUGGGGAGGCAUCGCUGGGGCCUGCUCAGAGCGUCCAGGCGCUCGGGCUCAGAGGCAUCGCUGGGGCCUGCGCAGAGCGUCCAGGUCCUCGGGCUCAGAGGCAUCGCUGGGGCCUGCGCAGAGCGCCCAGGUCCUCGGGCUCAGAGGCAUCGCUGGGGCCUGCGCAGGGCGUUCAGGCGCUCGGGCUCAGAGGCAUCGCUGGGGCCUGCGCAGAGAGUUCAGGCGCUCGGGCUCCAGAGCGCCCACGUGCUCUGGAGCACUUUUCAGAGCGUCCGCGCGCCCUGGAGCACUUUUGAGAGCGCCCACUUGCUCUGGAGCAUUUUUCAGAGCGCCCACUUGCUCUGGGGCAUUUUUCAGAGCGCCCACUUGCUCUGGCGAGGCGGGCCCGACUCGUCCAGGGGUUGCUGCGGGCUGCGCGGGGAGAGCCGCCCGUGGCGGAAUUGGGCCAGGCCCAAGCGCCUCGCCUGCAUGGUGGAGUGGCCCCGCGCGGGCGCGGGCGCCGCGAUCUCUGCGCUGCGCUGGGCCUCGGUGCCGGACCGGCGCCUGGCCUCCGCGGAAGACCGGGACGCGCAGGUCUUCCAGGCGAACUGCGACGUGAGCACUCCCGUGGCUGAGUGCAUGGAGCUGAUGACUCUAGAGAUGUUGCGCGCGCGCCACUCUGGCAACGGCCCCCGCCCUGCCGAGGCCGACGUCCCGUGGGCCGUGCUGAGCGCCCACCCGCCGGGCUUUGCAGACCAGGCCGCCGCCCUGCGGGCCGUGCUGCACCGCCACCUGCCGGCCCUCUCCCCGCGCCAGCUCGCGCUGGCGGCCUGGGCCUGCGCGCCCCUGCCGGGACGCGCGGCUCGGCCGCCGCGCGCCGUCUCCCUGUGCCCGCCGGACGUCUGCGACAGCUUGUAG